CGCGCCCCCCCCAAAUCAAAGCGAAAGCCACCUCCUCGCCGCAAAGCUCCCAAAUCCCGCAGGCUCGUCCGCAAGCGAGAGAGCGAAUCGAGGAUCUUGUAGCAGCGGCGGCGGCCACCGGCCGCAGGGGCAGUGCGCGAGAUGACGGACGGCCACCUCUUCAACAACAUCUCACUCGGCGGCCGCGUUGGCAACAACCCUGGUCAGUUUAAGCUUCAUUCGGGAGGCCUUGCAUGGAAGAAGCAGGGUGGAGGAAAGACCAUUGAGGUUGAUAAAGCUGAUAUAAUUUCCAUGACAUGGAUGAAAAUCCCCAGAUCAUAUCAGCUUAGCGUCGGGACCAAAGAGGGGAUCCGGUACAUGUUCAAAGGCUUCCGUGAACAGGAUGUUAGCAAUCUUGCUAACUUUAUACAAAAGAGCACGGGAGUCGCACCAGAGGAGAAGCAGCUUUCUGUUAGCGGCCAUAAUUGGGGCGGAGUUGAAAUUACUGGCAAUAUGCUUAGCUUUAACGUUGGUUCAAAGGAAGCAUUUGAAGUUUCUCUAGCAGAUGUAUCACAAACUCAAAUGCAAGGAAAAACAGACGUUGUUCUUGAGUUCCAUGUUGAUGAUACUACCGGGGCUAACGAGAAAGAUUCACUGAUGGAUAUAAGUUUUCAUAUACCAACUACAAAUACUCAAUUUCCUGGAGAUGAGGAUCGUCCUUCAGCUCAUAUCUUCUGGCAGAAGAUCUUGGCUAUAGCUGAUGUUGGCUCAUCAGAAGAGGCUGUUGUUACAUUUGAAGGAAUUGCCAUUCUUACUCCAAGAGGUCGAUAUAGUGUUGAGCUUCACAUGUCAUUCUUACGACUCCAAGGACAAGCUAAUGAUUUUAAAAUUCAGUACAGCAGUAUUCUUCGCCUGUUUGUUUUGCCGAAGUCAAACAAUCCUCAUACCUUUGUGGUUAUUACACUUGAUCCGCCAAUUCGGAAAGGACAGACAUUAUAUCCUCACAUUGUUAUUCAGUUUCAAACAGAGGUAGUAGCUGAAAUGGACCUGAAACUAAGUGAGGAGGUUUUGGCUGAAAAGUACAAGGAUAGGCUGCAAGGCUCUUACAAUGGUCUAGAACAUGAGGUAUUCUCCAAAAUCCUCCGUGGCCUGUCUGGUGCUAAAGUAACAAGGCCAAGCACAUUCCGCAGUUGUCAAGAUGGAUAUGCUGUGAAAUCAUCACUUAAAGCUGAAGAUGGAUUGCUCUAUCCUCUUGAAAAGGGUUUUUUCUUUCUACCAAAGCCUCCAACACUCAUUCUGCAUGAGGAGAUUGAGUAUGUUGAAUUUGAGCGUCAUGGUGCUGGGGGUGCUAGUAUGUCAUCUCACUAUUUCGAUCUCCUUGUCAAGCUAAAAAAUGACCAAGAACAUCUUUUCAGAAAUAUCCAAAGGAAUGAAUACCAUAACCUCUUCGACUUCGUCAGUGGUAAAAAUUUGAAAAUCAUGAAUCUUGGAGAAGAUGGCCAAGGUAGAACUGGUGCCGUUGCAGCUGCUCUUGACAGCACUGAUGACAGCCUUCACGAUCCACAUCUGGAGCGAAUAAAGAAUCAGGCUGGUGAUGAAGAAAGUGAUGAAGAGGAUGAGGAUUUUGUGGCAGACAAGGACGACAGCGGAUCCCCCAGUGAUGAUUCUGAUGAAGGUUCUGAUGCUAGCUUAAGUGGAGGAGAAAGCGAGAAAUCUUCAAAAAAGGAAGCUAGUAGUUCAAAGCCACCGGUGAAGAGGAAGCCAAAGAGUGGGGACACAGAAGGUUCAGAGAAAAGAAAGCCGAAGAAGAAGAAGAAAGAUCCCAAUGCCCCUAAAAGAGCAUUAGCACCAUUCAUGUACUUCUCGAAGGCUGAGCGAGCGAAUUUGAAGAGCAGCAAUCCCGUACUGGGUACAACAGACAUAGCGAAGAAGCUUGGGGAGAAGUGGCAAAAGAUGUCAGCUGAGGAGAAGCAGCCAUACGUUGAGCAGCAUCUAGUGGAUAAAAAACGAUACCAGGAGGAGACUGCCGCAUACCGCGACAACGCAGGCGCGGCUCCAGUUGACGUUGAGUCCGACGAUCAAUUAUCUGACUGAGUAGCUACUGGCGAAGUUGCGUGCUUUGAGAGUUCAUGGUAUAAUUAGGCAUCCGUUCUGUCUUGGCUGUAGUAACCAGUGAGAUGUUCCCUCCGUCUCCAAGUUUACUAAGAACUGUCGUAAGGAUUUUGUAGCUAAGCUUUUCUCAGGUAAUGUUGAAUGCUAGUGAAUGUCAGAUGGUUAUUUGCUCCUUGCGUGUGCAAUAUGCAGUCAUGGCGACCUGGCAGACUA